AUGACAAUGAAACACUUCUUGUUUCUGGCUGCUGCUGCUGUCUUCCUGCAUGUUUUGAUUACAAGAGCAAAACCACCUAAAGUUCCAUAUGAUACACUCCUUACAGAACUGGCAACUGUCCAAGAAGAUAUAGUGGCUGUACAUAACACCCUCAGGAGGGGAGUAUUUCCACCAGCCAGCAACAUGCUAAAAAUGAACUGGAGUGAAGAAGCUGCAAGAAAUGCCAGAAUGUUGUCAAAAGAUUGUGAAUUGGUAGAGAGCAAUGCACUUAAGAGGCGAAUUACAAAUACUUUUUGUGGAGAAAAUAUGCAUCGGACGUCUUAUCCUAUCUCAUGGUCAAACGUAAUCAGAAUCUGGUACAGUGAGUCUAAAUAUUUCAAGUAUGGGGAAUGGACCCCGACAGAUGAUGACGUGAUGAUCGAGCAUUACACACAGGUUGUUUGGGCCACUUCUUACCUUAUUGGCUGUGGCAUAUCAUCAUGUCGUAAAGGAAUUCAGUAUCUCUACGUUUGUCACUAUUGUCACGAGGGCAAUGAUCCUGACAAAAAGAACGUACCUUAUAAUAAGGGAACUCCAUGCGGAGACUGUCCAAAUAACUGUGAAGAUAAACUUUGUACGAACCCUUGCGUCUACUACGAUGAAUACAGUAAUUGUAAGACACAGACACGAGGAGGUCCUGCCUGCAGCCACCUGUCAGUUCAACGACUCUGCAAAGCUAGUUGCCUGUGUCCCACUGAGAUAAAAUAG